AUGCGGGUCUGCAACGCGGCGAACUGGAUGGGCAGGCUGUUGCCCUUCCUGGCGCCUCUCAUAUGUGUCGCCGCCGCUGCCGCCGUGAACGACCACCGUGUUGUGAUCUACUACCAAACCACGAUGCUGAACACCACCGAGUCCUCGCACGUGUCACUGCUCCCGCUGAUCAACAACGGGUCCAUCUCCGUCACGCACGUCCUCGUGGCCGCCGUCCACAUCGUAGACGAGGACAACGGCAUCCGCCUCAACGACUACGUGCCCGAGGACCCCAUCUUCGACCGCGUGUGGAGCGACACGGCCUCUCUCCAAGCUGCGGGCGUCACUGUAAUGGCCAUGGCCGGCGGCGCUGCCGCAGGGUCCUGGUCGCGCCUCGACGGCAGUGACACCCAGUUCGAGCAGUACUACGGCCCGCUGCACGACUUCAUCGGGACCUACAACCUGCAGGGCCUCGACCUCGACGUCGAGCAGUCCAUGUCGCUCGCCGGCGUGGUGCGGCUGAUCGACCGGCUUAAGGCCGAUUUCGGAGACGACUUCAUCAUCACGCUCGCGCCUGUCGCGUCGGCACUGACUGAGGGCGGAGGCAACCUGAGCGGGUUUGACUACUUCGACCUGGAGGCCCAGCGCGGCGAUCAGAUCGCUUUCUAUAAUGCCCAGUUCUACUACGGCUGGGGCUCCGCCUCGUCCGCGGCGGACUACGAGAGUAUUAUCGACGACGGAUUUCCUGCGGAGAAGGUCGUCAUGGGCCUGCUCACGAACCCGGAUAAUGGGGAGGGCUUCGUCGACCUCGACUCCCAGGCCCCCGUGCUGGAGGAGCUCGUCAGUGAGUACGCCGACUUCGGCGGAGUGGCUGCCUGGGAGUACUUCAACUCCCUGCCUGGUGGCCUCGAUGCCCCCUGGGAGUGGGCCGCGUGGAUGGCCGACCACUUGACUGCCGCUGCGGCCCAGGAGAAGCGCGAGUUAUCGAGCUCGGAGGCGCUGUGGAGGGCGAUGAGAAAGGCGGGACGCAAGGUGCGGCGCGAUGCGAAGAGGGUGUACCGCGACUACCUUGCUUGA